AUGUCGGAAGGAAGGAGCGAGCGUUACCGCCCGCCAGAGCCGAACCAAAUGUUCACGCUCGGACACGAUAAGUGGAAAAGAAAUGGCCCCUCAGCGCAUCAGUCAACAGCAGGAGCAGUAGAAGUGCGAGAUGCAAAAGGCCGCGUCGUCGGCCUCGAAAAAGUCAAAGUAACUCGUUAUAUGGCGGGUAAACGUCCAGACUGGGCGCCAGACGACUUCGAUUCCGACGAAGAAAUCCAGAUCCAACCGAAAAACAUCAAAAUUAAAAUGACAGGCGCUACGGUCCUUUCUGAAGAAGCGAAACAGGCGGCUUCUGGCGAAGAAGGCGGUACUUCCGAAAUUAGCAAUUUCGAGGACUCGGCUGCGGUAGCUGCUGAUCCUCGACUUGCUCGACUCAUGCGCCAUCAAGCGGAGAUCAAAGACGACGACGAGGAUGAUCGGAGAAGAGUCAGACAUGAGCCCGUCAUUAUGUCGAGUGAGGAUGAAGAUGAAAAAGAAGAAUCUGAUGACGAAGCCACGGAAAAGAGGCGAGAACUAAUAAGAAGGCGGAACUUGGAGCGAGAAAAGCAGGAAGCAGAAAUCCUACCGCUCGACGAUGAUCUUCCAGAUAUCCAAGCCGACGAUGAGAGCUCAGAGUACGAGACUGAAUACGAAUCAGAAGAAGACGAAGGACCCAGGUUGAAGCCUGUCUUUGUCAGAGAAAAAGAUCGUCUAACAGUGAAAAACGCUGAAAUCGAAGAAGCGAAACAAAAGCGUAUUGAAGUCGAAAAGAAGAAACUAGCAGCCAGAGUGGCUAUUUUGGACAAAAAAUAG